GUCAUUCUCAUCAUCACCACAAUCUUCAAAGUCUCUCUUAUUCAACUAUUCUCUCAACACAAGCUUUUACUUCUCAUCAGUUUCUCUCUAGCUCACUAUUUUCAUUUCUACACAAAAAUGAGGAGCGGUGAUUCAACCACAAUUGAUGUUCCAGAGUCAAGCGCUGUUGCUAAAGGCAAAGCACCUCUUGUGGCAAUUGUCAAGCAAGAGCAAGGGAAGGGUGGAUGGAAAAGAGGAGUUGCCAUAUUCGACUUCCUUCUUAGGCUAGGAGCUAUCAUCACCACUCUAACCGCGGCUGCCACCAUGGGUACUAGUGAUGAGACCCUUCCCUUCUUCACUCAGUUCUUCCAGUUCCAAGCUAGUUACGAUGAUUUGCCCACUUUCCAGUUUUUCGUCAUUGCAAUGGCAAUAGUGGGUGGCUACCUUGUACUUUCUCUUCCCUUCUCCAUAGUAUCCAUCGUUCGCCCCCAAGCAGUCGGACCAAGAGUGCUCCUACUCGUUUUGGACACAGUGGCGCUUACUCUAAACACCUCAGCUGCUGCCGCGGCUGCAGCCAUAGUCUACUUGGCUCACAAUGGCAAUUCCAACACAAAUUGGCUAGCCAUCUGCCAGCAAUACGGUGAUUUCUGCCAGAAAGUCAGUGGUGCCGUGGUGGCCGCAUUUGUCUCGGUUGUUGUCUUCGUGUUCCUUAUUUUGCUGUCUGCUUUGGCCAUCCGAAAGCCUUGACAAGAUGAUGGACCAGCUAGCUAGCUGUUUAAAUAAAUUUUAGUUUUUGUAUUGUUGUUUAUGAAUUUCUUUCAGUGUUACUUUGAAUUUUGUUGUGUGACGUUUGAAAAAUUGUAAUCUACUUUCUUUUUUUCUUUGAUAAAAAAAAAUUGUAAUCUAUUGAUUGUAUGGCAUGUGUUGUAAUGAAAAAUUAUUGUGAUCUA